GGGCUCUGGUAUGACGAAUUUACUCUGCGACGUCUGAUUGAACGUCGCAGGGUAGCUGCUGUUUUAUGUUAUUUUUAUGCGUGCUAAGCAUCAAACUGAACUGUUUCCUCCUCUCACAUAGGUCCCUGCUACAGGAUGAUUGACACAGAGAGGGGAACUGAUGAUGCUGGUGCUGCACAGUCCAGCAGUAAGAACAAGGAGACAGAAAAGAAGAAGCGGUCUCGAGUCAAACAGCUGCUGGGUGAUGUGAAGAAGCAGGUGGAGUUCUGGUUCGGAGAUGUCAACCUUCACAAAGACCGCUUUCUGAAAAAACUCAUAGAUGAGUCAGACGAUGGAUAUGUUGAUAUAUCUGUGUUGGCAAGCUUCAAUCGAAUGAAAAAGCUGACGACUGACACCAAGCUGAUUGCAAGGGCACUGAAAAAUUCAUCUGUAGUUGAGGUUAACUUGGAAGGUAAUAAAGUGCGACGUCAGCUUCCAAUUGGAGACGUACCAAAUGACACAGACAGCCGCACAGUCUAUGUGGAACUUUUGCCCAAGGAUGUGACCCACAGUUGGAUAGAAAGAGUGUUCACAAAAUGUGGGAAUGUGGUUUAUGUUAGUAUCCCCAGAUACAAGUCUUCUGGUGACUCCAAGGGUUUUGCUUUUGUCGAGUUUGAGGAAGUGGAACAAGCCCAGAAAGCCAUAGAGAUGCUGAACAACCCCCCUGAAGAUGCUCCAAGGAAACCAGGGAUUUUCCCCAAGACGAAAAGUAGGAAGGCUAUUCCUCUGCCAGGUGACCCUCCACCAUCAGGUGAAGAAGAGGAGAAGAAAAAGAAAAAGAAGAAGAAAAAGAAAGAAGGUGCCACAGUACCAGCACCUGCAGAAGAAGCCAAAGAGCAUGCAAUGGAAGCAGAACCAUCAGAGCAGAAGAGGAAGCACUCAGCAGCAGGGGAUUUUGAACUGGAGGAAGCCAGCAGUCAGAAGACACCGGGCAAACUGUCAGAGAAAAAAAGACGACGGUCACAGACAGUCGGGGGAUCAGACAGUGAAGUACCAUCUAAGAUUAGAAAAACCAGUGAAAGUGAAGCUGGAGAAAAGAAGAAAGAUGUGUCAAAGAUUGAUCCACCCAUAAAAAGUGACACGGAGAGAGGUGUUGAGGAAGGGAAAGAAAACAGAGAUGAUUCAACAGUUAAAGCAAAGAGGAAGAGAAAAAAGAAACACAAGGAGAAACUGAAAAUUGGCGAGGAGGUCAUCCCACUGCGUGUUCUAUCCAAGAAAGAGUGGCUCCAUCUGAAGGAGGAGUAUUUGACCUUGCAGAAGCGCAGCAUGGCGUCGCUGAAGAAGUGCAUUAGUAAGAUUGAUCACAAAGAGCACAAGAGUCUAAUGACGACAGAGAAGGAUCCUCAAGAUGGAAACGGUGAGAAGACUAACAAAAGUGAAAAAGCACCUAACCAGGGCCCUCAGUUUAUCAGUGGUGUCAUCAUGAAGAUUACAGACAACAAGCCACUACCAGGGAGGAAGUUCAUCAAAGACGCCUUGUGCAAAAUAUCACCGGUGGCAUACAUUGACAUCUUGGAGGGAGAUGCCGAGGGUCACCUCCGCUUUCACACCGCAGAGGAAGCAAAAGCCGUUAGUGACGCCAGAGCAGAGCUGCUGAAGGAGCACAGCUGGAAGCUUGAAAUUCUCUCAGGCGACCAUGAGCAGAGGUACUGGCAGAAGAUCCUAGUCGACCGCCAGGUCAAGUUGAAUCGUCCGAGAGAAAAGAAGCGGGGUACAGAGAAGCUCAUAUCCAAAGCAGAAAAAAUCAUCAUCGCGCGGGCCAAGGAGGCUAAUAAGCACAUCCGUUUCCAAGAAGACUGAGCGCUGCUGAAUCUUUUUUUUGGUUUGUUUUGUUUUGUUUUUACAACCAUACAUGUUUAACUCUGUAGCUGGAACAGAGCUAAAAGAAGACUCGAACAACAAUAAAUGAGUUAAAACGUC